AUGCAAAAGAAACGUCGAAGUGCCGUGAAGAAAGAGCAGCCAGUUUACUGUAUUUGUCGUUCUAAUGACGGAGAACGUUUCAUGAUUGCGUGUGAUCGUUGUGAAGAGUGGUAUCAUGGGGAUUGCAUUAACGUGACUCCUAAGCAGGCUGAACAGAUCGAGACUUUUUACUGUCAUCAAUGUCGACGUAAGUUAUUAUGGCUUUUCGGUUAUUGUGUUUCAGGAAAAGAUUCCUCCCUGCAGAUAAAUUACAAGUCAACUAGGGUUCAGCGACCUAGGUCCUCUCGGCGGCCACUGAGUCCCGGUAGCAGCAGUGAUGCGUACGCUGAUCAACCUUCCCCCGCCAAGUUCACAAAAUCCAAGCGAAACACGCUUACCAGUGAUGAGUGCACAGGUCAAGAUUCAGGGGCAGGUAAUUUGAAGCAUGACAGUCCUAGAACAGCUCCAGUAAAGGGCGAGCGGAAUUAUACAGUGGAUUCCAAGGUUUCUCCAGCCAGCAUCAUCGAUGGAUUCGGUGAUUGUACUGGACCUAGCUCCCCACCAAUCACUUACUUUUCGAGGAAUUACUGGCCUCGGGAAUCUGAACAGUUCAAGUACGACGAAGAACCCAUGCCAAAUUUGUCCCACUCCCAACCUCCAAAGUCCAGGGCGGCGUCUCCGCGCGCCCGUGCUUGUGGUAAUUGUCGUGGUUGUGUUCGUCAAGAGGACUGUGGGCAGUGUGAUUACUGCCUUGACAGACGCAAAUUUGGCGGUCCGAAUCGUAUGCGUCAGAAAUGCCGCCUCCGACAGUGUGUUGGUUCCAGUUCCUCUCGAAUUCGACACGUGUCGCAGAACAUGACGGCCCGUCGACGGAAACAACAAACACUGCAAGGCGUUCUUUUGGGUUCAUCGCCGUCUCGAUUACAUCACUAUGCUGAUUUCGAGGAUGAACCGUUUGAGGUGCCUGUGGAUUUUUCUCCUCGGCCCUACAUCGAUCAUGGAUCUACGCUUUAUGGUCACCAUCCGUCUACUCAGACUGUAAAUGUCGGCAGCAAAAUGCGGAGAGGCGACCAUAGGCUGCCGUCAUCCAACGAACUUGAUGGAUUAUCCUCGAGAUCUUACCAAAGGCUUCAUCUGGACGCCGCGGGAGACGCGAUGAAUCUACUUGACGAUGAUUCAGAUGAUGAUUUGAUAUCCGGUCUACAGCACUGCGCCGGCCCGACGUGCAUGUCAAGUCCUAUUCCUGGCGAGCGAUAUUGCUCGGACACCUGCAGAAUGAAGCAUGCCAAGUACACCCUCCCAUAUCCGGAUCAUCUUUAUUGUCGACAUCAUCGUGUUUACAACUGGCACAGUAACGGAACUGUAGCCACAAACACGUCUUCAUACCGAAAUGUUGGACAGUCCUUUGAGUCACCGUUUGUGUUGGAGGAGUCUGGUCUCUCUGAGGUUCAUGGUCAUUCUUCCUUUCCCUAUUCCUCGGGGCCGAUGCACCACCACGUUUCACAACGGCUUCCAGUUCACGGCAACACCCACGGCGUUGUAAAUUCUAAUGGCCGGUUGGGCGCACUUCCCAGUAUUGGUGAUUCGAGCGACACCGCUGCUUUUCUAGAUUCGGUGGAGUCGGCAAUGCGAAGAGCAGUCAACCCAUCCGUGGAUGAGUUAGACAUGGAACUACGUGCUUCUCAACACUCCCAAAACCCAUCACGCCUUUCCCAGUCUCCUGGGUUGGCUGGGGUCAAUCCGUAUUACACCGGCCGGGGUAGUUCUGAUACAGUCAGGUCAACCGUUGAUAUACAUCACGUUGUGGAUACUGAAUACGGCCUCACUCCCGAAGUUGACGGUAGUGUGGACGACGAGCCCGUAGUGCAACCAACCAGUAGCGACUACUAUUGUAUAAUGGAUUACCAUGGUCAUCCGCCAAAUGGCCACAGCUCCCGACGAUCGCUGGACGGUUCGGGCGAGGUGUCUGACAGGAGACUUGAUUCGAUUUCACUGCGGUCAAGGAAUAUUAACCAUAGAAUCCUAUUACCUGAUGGUGUCCCGUCUACCAACGGGAUGAGCUCGUCUUACCAGUCCGCCAGGUCAAUGGGCAUUCCCUCCACCGGUAUUCGACAUGCAGGACUCGGUGCGACCUCACCUUCGAUUAAUCCAGAUGCAGCCGCUGCAGCCGCUGGAGGAUCCAAUGACUCAGUGUCCGCCACAUCUAUGACCUCCAUUCCGCAGCACUCAAUGUCUUCCUACAUACCUGGACCAGACGAGUUCUACACUAUCAAUGACUCAGAUGACCUUGAGAUAAAUUGGCCACAGGAAACCGUGGCGGGCGUAAACACUUAGGGCGAUGUUUGACAAUUACAUUAUGACUGAUGCGCUGUUCGUGCACAUUGUCGUUUUAGUUUCCGCGUCACGUUUAUCGAGUCAACAUCAUCGCCCUUAGCUGCAGACGAUAUCACUUUUGGAUAUUAACAGUGGAUUAACACUGGACCCACUAGUUCCUGGUUAUUUCAGCACUGUGAUCCCACCUGGCUUCAAUUGGCGGAUGGUCUGUCAUGUUAUAAUAGUAUCAGAGCGUUGUACGCAUUUUGGUUACCUAUUAGGCCGCCUAGAUUAUGGUUGCUUCAGAGGAACGCUCAUCCUUAUCUCAUCAAGUGGUGCAUUACUGCCACAAACAAUUGUAUCCCUUUUGGGAGUAUUUCCUCAGUAGCUUAAUCCGGCCUCAGGGGCCGUUAACGUAUGUCUAAAUGGGCAUGAAACGCAUGAAUAUGGACCGUUUCUUAUUCCAUUGUACAUACACAGUUAUCGUUCUGUACGCGGUCGCGUUCCGCAGUGUAUAGCUCGGUUCGAGCAACGUCUCCGUUCUGUCGUUCAUUCUGCGACACUUCUCUAGAUCUUGUACACAAGUCCACGCCACAUAUUUAUACUGUUUAGUUCCCUUUCACUCCCGUCUCACAUCCCAAAUAACUGUUGUAUCCAGUCCUCAUUUUGUGUUUGUUUUUUUAUUCUUACCUGCUCUUACACAAUCUGCCUUUUGUCCUGGAUCUCUUUCGCACCCGAACAUGUAUUCUCAUUUCAGUCAGUAGUGUAAAUAAUAAUACGUGUAUUUCUC